GACAGGGCUGACAAAGUCGCCGGAAUCUCCUGUGCGCAGAGGGGAGAGAAGGCGGCGUUGGGCGGGAGCGGCGGCUGGGACAGGGAUCCCCCUCUCGCUCUGCGCGCGUUGGUAGGCGCCGGCGCGCGCGGGCCGCUGGGCCUGGCGCACAUGGCCCGGCCGUAGGAGCCGCCCCGCCCCUCCCCCGCCUUUCCCCGCCGCGCUCCGCUCGGCACCGGCACCGAGCACCGAGAGCCCGCAGCGGGCUCAGGGCACCGGGCACCGCACCGACACCCGCACAUCCACACCCGGGCACCGCACCGGGCCCGGGCAGCGCCGCCGCCCCAUGCAGGACACCGAGGAGAGCCCCGCGGCCGCCGCGCCGCCCGGCGCGCAGGGCCCCGCCGAGGAGCCCGAGCACACGGACGCGCCCCCGCCGCCCGCGGAGCCGCCGCGGCAGCAGGAGCAGGAGGAGGACGAGAAGGAAGAUGAGGAGCAGGAAGGAGGAGGCGAGUCCCAGGCGCCGCCGGGGGCCCCCGAGCCGCCGCCGCCCGCGGCGGAGCCCGAGCAGCCGCCGUCCGGCCCGCAGAGCCCCGCCAAGGCCGGGCCCCAGCCCGGCUCUGAGCCCGGCGCCGAGCCCGCGGCGGAGCCCAAGUCGGAGCCGGCGGCCGAGGCCGAGCCCGGCGCGGCGCAGGAGAACGGGGAGGCCGCGCCCGCCGGCCCGGCCGAGCCCGAGGAUGAGAUUUCCUUCAGCGACCCCGAGGACUUCGUGGACGACAUCAGCGACGAAGAACUGCUUGGUGACAUCCUGAAAGAUCAGCCCCAGGAGGCAGAUGGAAUAGACUCAGUGAUUGUCGUGGAUAAUGUGCCCCAGGUUGGACCAGACCGACUGGAGAAACUGAAGAAUGUCAUCCACAAAAUAUUUUCCAAGUUUGGUAAAAUUAUCAAUGAAUUUUAUCCAGAAGCAGAUGGAAAAACAAAAGGGUACAUCUUCCUGGAGUACAUGUCCCCCUCCCACGCUGUGGAUGCUGUGAAGAACGCAGAUGGAUACAAACUGGAUAAGCAGCACACUUUCAGAGUCAACCUCUUCACUGACUUUGAUAAGUACAUGACAAUCAGUGACGAGUGGGAAAUCCCUGAGAAACAGCCAUUUAAGGAUUUGGGGAAUCUCCGAUACUGGUUGGAAGACCCUGACUGCAGGGAUCAGUACAGUGUGAUCUUCGAGUCAGGAGACCGGACUUCCAUUUUUUGGAAUGACAUCAAGGAACCUGUUCAAAUUGAGGACAGAGCAAGGUGGACAGAGACCUACGUCCGUUGGUCCCCCAAAGGCACCUACCUGGCUACGUUCCACCAGAGGGGCAUUGCUCUGUGGGGUGGAGAGAAGUUCAAGCAGAUCCAAAGGUUUAGUCACCAAGGAGUGCAGCUCAUUGACUUCUCACCCUGUGAAAGGUAUUUAGUGACCUUCAGCCCUUUGAUGGACACACAGGAUGACCCUCAGGCUAUCAUCAUCUGGGAUAUUCUGACUGGCCAAAAGAAGAGAGGAUUCCACUGUGAAAACUCAGCUCACUGGCCUAUUUUUAAAUGGAGUCAUGAUGGUAAAUUCUUUGCUCGAAUGACUUCAGAUACCCUCAGCAUCUAUGAAACACCUUCUAUGGGUUUGUUGGACAAAAAGAGCUUGAAAAUCAAUGGGAUAAGAGACUUCUCAUGGUCUCCAGGUGGUAACAUAAUUGCUUUCUGGGUGCCUGAGGACAAAGACAUCCCGGCAAGAGUGACUUUGAUGCAGCUGCCUUCUAGACAAGAAAUUCGUGUGCGGAAUUUGUUCAACGUCGUAGAUUGUAAACUGCACUGGCAGAAGAAUGGGGACUACCUGUGUGUGAAGGUAGACAGGACUCCCAAAGGCACACAGGGAGUAGUGACCAACUUUGAAAUAUUCCGCAUGAGAGAGAAACAGGUGCCAGUGGAUGUGGUGGAAAUGAAAGAAAGCAUCAUAGCCUUUGCUUGGGAACCAAAUGGAAGCAAGUUUGCCGUGUUGCAUGGAGAAACUCCACGAAUUUCAGUUUCCUUUUACCACGUUAAAAACAAUGGGAAAAUAGAACUCAUAAAAACUUUUGACAAACAGCAGGCAAACACGAUAUUCUGGAGUCCCCAGGGGCAGUUUGUGGUGUUGGCUGGCCUCAGAAGCAUGAAUGGUGCCUUAGCCUUUGUUGACACGUCUGACUGCACCAUGAUGAACAUCGCGGAGCACUACACGGCCUCCGAUGUGGAGUGGGACCCCACGGGCAGAUACAUUGUCACCUCUGUGUCUUGGUGGAGCCACAAGGUGGACAAUGCAUAUUGGUUAUGGACCUUCCAAGGCCGUCUGCUUCAGAAAAACAACAAAGACAGGUUCUGUCAGCUGCUCUGGAGACCACGACCAGCUACCCUGCUCAGUGAGGAUCAGAUAAAGCAAAUUAAGAAGGACCUGAAGAAAUACUCCAAGAUAUUUGAGCAGAAGGAUCGCCUGAGCCAGUCCAAAGCUUCAAAGGAGCUGGUGGAGCGGCGGCGCACGAUGAUGGAGGAGUUCAGGAAGUACCGCAAGAUGGCACAAGAGCUGUACAUGGAGCAGCGCAACGAGCGCCUGGAGCUGCGCGGGGGGGUAGACACAGAUGAGCUGGACAGCAAUGUCGAUGACUGGGAGGAGGAGACUGUGGAAUUUUUUAUCAAUGAAGAAAUUAUUACCCUUGCAGAACCAGAGUAAUUAAUAAAACUGUGCUCCACCAGAUCUUGUGCUGAAAAGAAGUUUGUUUUCCAAAAGCCUAUAUCAACUUUGGAAUUCUUAAUCCAUAUUCUUGCACUCUGGAAGGGUGGAUGCACCAGAUUUUUUCCAUUCUGACACAUUGUAGUGCCUUUAAGUCUUGCUGCCUGCUGCAGUGAGAUACUGGAAAGGCGCUGCUUUUAAAUUUAUAUUAUUUUUUUUCUAGGGUUUGAUUAUUUUUUUUUUUUCUUUUUAAAUCCACUACUACCAGUAUUUACUUCCCAACUCCCGUGCAGUCCUUGCCAGCUGGCAGUUUUUGCCUCGUGCCAGUGAGGUGAGAUUCACCAGUGCACCCUUGUCUCUCACACAAUGUUUGGGUUCCAGGACUCUGUCUGUGCCCCCAGGGCAUGGACAGGUGUUCGUUUGGGUUGGGCAAAAGUCACCAGAACCAUUUUCUGUAUGAUGUGUUUUAGUGUGCUGAAGCAGCACUACAGCGGGCUAUACCCUCCUCCUUUCAGAUUGUGAAAGGAUGUCUCCUUCAAAGAGCUGAAUAUGGAAAUAAAAGCAGACCUAUACUAAAA